GCGCGAGCGUGAGACCGGAAGCCGAAGAAGAAGAACAGCUGACUCGUCCGCUGUUGUUGUUGAGUGACAGUUUGUGAGGAUUAAAACCUUCAGACGAGGAAAAAGAUGCAGGAAGCAGUUCCACCAGUUUCCUGAUCCAAUGACCGUCCUGCUCUGAAUCCCCUCUCCGUCCAUCCGUCCGUCCUCGCUUUUGAACGUUGUUUACCAGUGGGUGGGGGGCGAGUGCUGGUCCUGAGGGGGCGUGGUCAGUGAUGGACAGCCGGUGCAGCAGCAGUGCCGACUCGCGGCUGAACACCAGAUUGGUCGGGUCGGUCAACGCUGCGGCCCUCUGCGCGCGGGUGGAGUCGUAUGAGGCAGCAGCGGAGAAGAAGUGCAUCUCCGACGUCAGGAGGACCUUCUGCCUCUUCGUCACCUUUGACCUCCUUUUCAUCACCCUGCUCUGGAUCAUAGAGCUGAAUGUGAAAGGCAGCAUUCAGGAGCAGCUGGAGAAAGAAGUCCUGAACUACAACUACAGAGCCUCCUUCUUUGACAUCUUUCUGCUGGCAGUUUUCAGGUUUGCUGCUCUAAUCUUGGCGUACGCCGUCUGUAAACUCCGUCACUGGUGGGCCAUCGCUAUCACCACUGCGGUCAGCUGUGCAUUCCUGAUCAUCAAAGUCAUUUUAUCAAAGCUGCUGUCUCAGGGAGCGUUCGGGUACCUGCUGCCCAUCAUCUCCUUCGUGUUGGCCUGGAUUGAAACGUGGCUGCUCGACUUUAAGGUUCUGCCUCAGGAGGCCGAGGACGAGAACAGAUUUCAGUCGUUCAUGGACGUCGCUGAGCGAGCACCUCUCAUGUGUCCUGGUCCUUUAUCAGACGGACAGUUCUACUCUCCUCCAGAGUCUGUGGCAGACUCUGAUGAGGAUCUGGACGAUAAACAUGAUCCAGAGAAAGGGCUGAUUCAGCAGUUGACUUAACAGGACACUGUCGUUGCCUCAGAGGGAAGAAAAAAAAAUCCUGCCUUACACAUUCUGACAUUUUAGUUUUUAGGCUUCAGAGCCACGAGUGCACUUCAGGUUCUUAUGUGAGUCUUCUGCAUGAACACAGAGAUUAAAAGAAGAAGAAAAAAAGUGACGCUACAAAAAACCUCUGUUAUUUUCUGCACCUUUUUGAGGAAAAUUCAUAUUGAUGAAAAACUGCACCUUAUGUCUGACAUAGUUAAGGGAUUUACAGUUAUUUUUUUUAAAUGUUUUGUUUCUUUUUAGUGUGGAUUAUGAGAUACUGACACUGUGAGCGACGCCCCCCUCAGACUUGGAGGUCUGUGACGGAAGGAAAAAAUGAUUUUUAGCCACUUAACAAAAGAUUCACCUGAUUAAAAUGUUCGUCUGUUUAAGUCUAUGAUAUCUUGAAAACAUGAUCACGUCUUUAUCUCACUGUUAGACAGAUUUUGCCAACAAGAAACUGAAGUUUGUAAAUCACUCACUCUCCCACACCAAAGUCCAUAGAGAAAAUCAGUGAUUUUAACAUCACUUAAGAUGUCAUAGACUUAAACUGAUGUCAAUUUUAUGAGCUGAGUCUUAAGUAAAGUGGUGAAAAUCAGCAUCCAGACCGCCACGUUUCAGGCUUAUCCUUUGAAAUAAACAAGUUAAUCGAUACACGUCAGACCAACUGUUUUCUCCUUCCGGGUUAACGUUAAUGUCGUAUCAUUGCGACAUCAUGUUUACUCUGAUUAUCCAUGUGCUUGGAUGUGAAGUCACUGAAAAGCAACAUAAGCUUGUUUCACAGACUCCAUGUGGGAAAAAGGGAAGGAUUUUUAUGUUUUAUUUCUGUGGGCCAGUAUUGAAAUCAUGGACCACGUUGUUUGUAGCAACUGAAAGAUGAAGAAAGUCAGGAGUAUUUAUGAUUUACUGUGUUUACAACGAACAUGAUCAAGAUCAUACAGGUUAAAUAUACUGAAAACGUCAACUUUUGGCACUUGAUGUGCAGUGGAUAAAAAAAUAAUAAUUGUACAUAUCUUCAUGCAUGCCUUGUUUUUUUGUUUUUUAAAGAAAAGCUUGUCUGUAAAAUGGAAUCAUUAAAAUGUGGAAGUUGA